AUGAAGAUAACGACUGCAAUCAUUAUGAAAUCAGGGUGUGAUGAAAUGAUCCAGAUGUAUGGCAUGUUCGAGCUCAACUCAGGCACUGUGGUCGCCCUAACGAGCAAUGUAAACAUUGAUAGCAUUAAUGUGGCUUUGUACUACACAUGCCAAAUGAGCUGUAGGCCGAUACAAUUUAUGGACAAAUACGAGGAAGCAAAUAAGCAGAUAAGAAGACCAUGCAUAGUACAUACUCCUGCCAAUAUCUUGAUGAACAUCUUCUAUGGAGACAAAGACGAUGACAAAAAUGAAAACCUAUUAGAAGCGGCGUAUGGAUUAGUUAAUAAAGUGAUAGCCAUCAUCUACUUUGCCUCCAUAGCGUUUCACGCAAGCAGAUUCUUCGAAUUCAACUACAAGCCAGUCACCGUCACGUCACGUCUGACGUCAUGUAAUACACCGUCACAUGACCUCCACCACAACGCAACCACCGAAAAUGAUGUUUCACAGUUGCGUCUCGAGACUUCAGGAUUGCGUCUCGAGACUUCAGAGUUGCGUCUCGUGACUUCUGACCAAAUAGAUUCCAUCAUCGAACUUCAGCAACAUCGCCAGCAGCAUCAUCAUACUUAUCAGAAGAAGAAUAAAAAUUUGAAUGAUAACAACAACGUUGGUUACAGAAAUGUUAAUGGGAAAUAUCUGAAUGGAAAUAAUUUAAAUUUUUCUUCAAAUAAUAAUAUUAAUAAUAAUAAUAAUAAUAAUAAUAAUAAUAAUAAUAAUAAUAAUGGUCAUAGAAAUAAUAAUAAUAAUAAUAACGAAAAAGACAAGAUAGCCGGCAAACAUGUAUUUAACAAAAUCUCAAAUGAAUAUUACAACAGGAAUGUUCAAAAUAUCAAGAUUGGUGAAAUUCGAAACAUCAGUUAUCAAAAAGUUAGGAAAAAGACUAAGAGACAUCGCAUUAAUGACGCUCAAAUACAUGACGACUACUUCAAUGUUAAUUAUAACACUAAUGAUACAAUUACAUUCAACAAACACAAAACUAACAAAAGUUUCACGCUGCCCGAUUCGGAAGAAGCAAGCAAACGAAACGAACAAGGUGCUGUGAGACGUCACAUUAACAUGAUGAAGAUCAAAAAACUAAUGUUACGUUACGAAUACAAUGGCAGGAAUGUAACAAAGGAAACGUCUUUCAACCAGCGAUUUUAUUUUAAUCCUGUUUUUUCAAAAGACAGAGUUAAAAGAUCGAAACCAUCAUCAUCGCCGUACCGUUUGAUAUCAUCAUCAUAUCUCCCGUCAUCUUCUUUAUAUCCAUCUGACAGUUUGCCACAACCUCAAACACGUAUUAAAACUGCACUCAUCUCAACACCGGAUGUUCCUCUAAAAACACCUACUUUGCUUUCAACGUCGUCUUCAACAUCAUCAUCUUCAUCAUCAUCAACAACAUCCACAUCAAUAUCCUUUUCAUCAUCGUCGUCGUCGUCAACUUCAUCUUUUGCGUCAUCUAUAGCGCCAUCAAUCGCUCCAUCACUUUUUUCAUCAGCAUCUCAGACAACUAUCCUCCCGGCAAUGAAAGAUGAAUUUUCUCCAGCGCUUGUUGUGAUAGCCUGCCGCAGAGAACUAACAUCGAUAAUUGAGAUGAACAAAGAAAUCUACUACAACACUUACUACUGGGCUCGCGUCAUCUUUGUCCACAUCCUUCCCUGUGCCUCGCUCGUCAUACUCAACACAUUUCUCAUCCUCGCUCUCAGGCAGGCGAGUGCACGUCGUUGCAGAUUGUUGCAGCAACACCACAACAGGCAACCGUCUCUGUCUCAGUCGAAUCUCAAUCAAAACAUGAUUAAAAUCAACCAAGAAAAUAAUUUAAAAAUAAAUCUUAAAUCUGAUGGCUGUCAGCUGGUGGAACACAAACUGAUCUGUGAUAUGAGAUACGUUAAUGUUGCUGAAAGUGAGGCUACCAAAGUCGAACAAAUUAAGAACAGCAGUGGUUCUUCGGACAAAAAUGAAAAGCAUGAAAAUGUGGUGGCUCCUACAGAAACCCUAGCAGAGUCGACACUCAAACAUCAUACGACUGUUGGAGACCAAGGUGAAUUAGUAGGAAAAAUUGUCAAAACCACAACCACAACAUUCGCUACAAAAACGACCGCCGCAUCAAUGAUCACAAUUGAUACAACGAAUUCAAAUCUUUCUACAUCUACUACCGCCACCACUUCUACCACACGACGACAACCAUGUGUAGCCACAUCUUCACAACAAAAAUGUAUAAUAAGAAAGCCGGCACACGAAUCAUUCUCCAUGUUAACAACAACAAAGACCAAAAUAUUAGCGAUGAACAAACAUGCGAACUUAUCAGAGCAGAGGCGAAGAAAAAUAGAGUGCACGUGUACAACUCGCAUGAUGGUUGUGGUCGUUGGCUUGUUUCUGCUGGCCGAGCUGCCUCUUGCCGUCCUCAUUGUCAUCUACAACAUUGGAAACAUGAUGGAGUCAGAACUACUCACUCCCAACAUAUUCAGGAACGCCUCUUCAAUCAUCAACCUCAUGAUCCUCAUCAGCUACUCCGUCAACUUCGUCGUCUACUGCACCAUGAGUAGAGAUUUUAGGAACGCAUUCGCCGAUAGAAUGAAAAUCUGUUUCGCCUCAGUUACACAUUGCAGGAAAGUUCCUGAGAAGAACAAUCCAAAGGGCAGAACGCGAAGGUCAACUCAAGUCUCGGUGAUUGGAACAGCAUCUGCAGCUGCGAAGAAAAAAUGUUACAGCACGAUUCAGAAGAUGGAUGAGGUCGUCACUCUCCACCAUUUCAAACCUCCAACUGCUGCUGCUCUGGAAGAGGAUGAUGCUAAUAACAUGGGCAAGAUUAAUAACUUGCGGGCAGAAAAUAAUAACAACAUAAACAACAAUAACAACAACAACAACAGCAUUCAAGAUUCCGAUGGGAGUUUUAAUAAUAAGUCUAAAAACAUUAUUAAAGAUAGAAACAAAACCAACAAUGAAAAUGACGAUGAUGACGUCUUUGAAGCCAGCGGCAACCUCACAAACCUAGGUGAUCAUCAAAAUGAGGGCUUCUUGGUUGCUGGCCAGCUGAACGUGUUGCUCCUUUCUCUGGAUGAUGCCAAUCAAAACAUUGAAAGUAACAAUUUCUUUUUUCAACAAUUUGAUAACAACAACAACAUCAACAACAACAACAACAUCAACAACAACAACAAAACAAACAACGACGACGACGUUCAUGCGAACAACGACGAAACAAAUUGUUACACAUACAACAGCACUAAUAACAACAAAAACAACAACACACAAAGCAACACAAACGACCCAAACAACUACACAAAUGACAAUACAAAUGAUAAAUCCCACACUUUCGAUGUUGACGGCCACAAGAAGGAGAAAAAUGUUGCUAACGAUAAACACAAUGCUACUAGCUCCACUAACAAUUCUCAACAUACGUCUCUUCACCUUAUCAGUGGUAUUUUCAACAAGGUCAGCAACGACAUCAGCGCAAACGGUGGCACACAAAGCAACACAGAUAACAACAUAAAUAACAACAGCCUCAGCAGCACAAACAUCAACAGCACAAGAAGAAAUAGUAAUGACAUCACUAGCUUCAACUCAGCCAACGACUUGACUCUGGCACUGAUCACAAAGGAGGGCAGAAGGCCAUCCAACGACAGAAGAUCAUCGAACGAGCAUCAGCUGCCCCACAAGUACGGCAAACCACGCAGCAAGCGGCACAAAGCAUUCAAACACAUGACCGCCAGCGAACAGGAGUGGGUGAAGGACAAGAUGGCAGUUCAUUUCCUGAUGACGUCAUGA